CUCUCAAGUCUCAACCGUUCAAAUCAGAAAUUUUGAGACCGGCAAAGAUAAGAAGAACAUUUCUCAAAAAGAUAAACAUGGAAGAAGCCAAUAUAAAAGAGCUAAGAGAGAUGAUAGAAAAGCUGCAGAGUUCUCUUGCAACAUGUAAAAAUAUCAAGCGACGUUGGUUCAAAGAGGCCAAUAUCAACGAUCUAAAAGAAGUUUUGGAUUUCUUGAGUGACUUGAAAAUGGAAGAGAGGAGCAUGAUAAAACAUUUGAUUUCCGACUUGGUCGAGUUAGCUCAAGAUCUCCAUCAUAGCGACAUGUUCGACAUUGCUCAUGACAUCCAAAAUGAGAUCAACAUGACAAAAACGCGGAUGAUGAACUUUGGAGCAGGUGAGAAAAAUGUUGGAGGAGAAAACGAAGAACAAGUGGUGGUGGGAUUGGACGAAGAUGUGCACAAGUUGAUUUACAAAGCGAUUUUAAACGAUUCGUGCGGGUACCACACUUGGUACAUCAAAGGCAUGAUUGGUAUUGGAAAGACGACGCUUGCUAGGCAAGUAUACAACCAUAAGAAGGUUGAUGGGCGAUUUGAGCGUCGCGGGUGGGUGUCCUUUUCCAGUGGCAUGAGCUACAAAGAGGUACUUGUGGAACUCAUACAACAGAUGGUGGUAGGAAAGAAGGAAUCAAAUGAAAGCGAUUACUUGUUGGAGGAAAAGGAUAACAGAAGUCUACGACAGAUGCUUCGCCAGCACCUGCAAGGAAAGCGGUUUUUCAUAGUUUUUGACAACCUAUUCAAAGGAAUGCGGUUGGCUUACAUCUUGCGAGAUCUUUUGGAUGAAGAAGACGCCGGCAGUGGAAGUAGAAUGUUGUGCACGAGUCGUUAUGAUUCUAUUAAUUCAAGCGUCUACAACACUCAUGAGAUGAAAGCUUUGGAUUCUAAUAAGAGCUGGCAAUUGUUUUUGAAAACAAUUGAGAAAUUUUUAAGUGAUGAGAACAAAUUCACAAAGGAGUUAGAGAGGAAGGGAAAAGAGAUGUUGAAGAAAUGUGGGGGUUUGCCGAUAGCUAUAAUAGAUGUUGCAAGGCAGAAAGCAAAGCAAAGACUUUCGGGGAUUGAAUGGGAACAACUUUUUGAUUCAGUUGAUUUGAGUGAAUCAUUGAAGUUAUUGGAACCGAUGUAUCAUGAAUUGGAUGAUGAACUCAAGGCAUGUUUCUUGCAUAUGUCCUUUUUUAAGGAAAAUGCAAUAAUGAGGGAAGAAAAGUUGGAACAAAUUUGGAGUGCAAGUGGACUAAUUACAGGAAGACAUUUGGUGUACGGUUUAGUUGGUCAGUCGAUUAUUCAAGUCUUGAACAAGAGCUCAUUUUACACUAAACCAAAAAGGUGUCACAUGAAUCCUCUGUUACACAUGUUAUCCAUUAAAAAGGCAGAGGAGGAAAUAGGGUUUGAGAUCUUAAGGAGUGAUAGAAAUAGCAUACCCUCUCGGAAUCCUCGUCAUCGCGUAAUCCAUUGUGGCAGAGAGAAGUUUAAUCAUCCCACAAGUCAAGACAACAAACAACUUCUUUCUCUCAUCUUCCAUGGAGGUGGUGGCUACGCAGAUAAUGCUAGCCCGUCUUAUUGGGAGAGUCUCGAACUACUCAAAAUACUCGACAUGGAAGAUGUUGGAGUGAAGACUUUAUCAGAAACAAUUGGCACAUUGAUUGAGUUAAGAUACUUGGCAUUGAGAAACAAUUACAUACAAGAGAUCCCGCGAUCGUUGGAGGGCUUGAAAAAGCUUCAGGUUUUCGAUAUCGCUCUAAAUUUUAUGGUGGAGGUGCCUGAUAUAAUAAAGGAAAUGUGUAGCCUUCGUCAUCUCUACAUGUGUGAUGUGAUUUACCGAAACCCUUUGAAAGUAGAUGCGCUACUGGAUCUUCAAACCCUAACCUACAUCUCGAUCUAUGAUUGGAUAUAUGAGAUCUCGGGCUUGGAGGCAAUGCCUAUUCUCCAUAAAGUGGGAAUUGAAGAAGUUGAUGAAAACUCGGAUAUAGGCGAGCUCUUUGCAUCACUAGCAAAGUUGGAGAGCCUUAGCCACCUUAUCCUGAGAGGGUUUUGUUUCAGAAGCAUGCCGUGUUUGGACGAGAUUGGCGUUCUAGAUCGCCUCAUUGCAAUCAAAGUGGAUGGGCUCCUAUCUAGUCUACCAAGUCCUUAUAACUUCCCGCCAUUUAUCAAUUAUGUGGCUUUGGUGAAUACUUGUCUUGACAAAGACCCCAUGCCAAUACUAGAGAAGCUGCCAUUCCUUGAGCGCCUCAAACUGCGGAAUGCAUACACUGGUCGAGAAAUGAUGAUCCAGCAGAGCGGGUUUCCCAUGCUCCAAGCUCUUCACAUCAAUGAGAUGUGGAAUCUUAGGAAAAUACAAAUACAAGUUGGAUGUGAAAUGUGGGCUCUCAAGGAACUAGAAAUCAAGAAUUGUCCACAUCUGGAGACCCUCCCGGAAGAGAUUGGGUCGAUGGAGGGUCUGAGGAAGUUUACGAUGGUAACAACCAAACACAUUGCAACAAAUGUUAGAAAUUCGGGCUUAACCUCCCGAAUAUUGGAGGAGAAUAUUGAUCCAUAGUUAGAAGCUGAUAGAUUUUGUUUGUUGCGUGUAUUUUUGUCUUCUUCUGUCUUUAUCUUUCCUAUUUUGUUCAU